AUGGCCCCCAAGGUUCAGAAGCCCGCUGCCGACGCCGCCGUCACCUCGCUCGGCCCCAACGUCAAGGAGGGCGAGCUCGUGUUCGGCGUUGCCCGCAUCUUCGCCUCGUUCAACGACACGUUCGUCCACGUCACCGACCUUUCGGGCCGCGAGACGAUCGCCCGUGUCACCGGUGGCAUGAAGGUCAAGGCCGACCGUGACGAGUCGUCGCCGUACGCGGCCAUGCUCGCCGCCCAGGACGUCGCGACCCGCUGCAAGGAGAUCGGCAUCACGGCCCUCCACAUCAAGAUCCGCGCCACGGGCGGUGUCGGCACCAAGACCCCGGGCCCCGGCGCCCAGUCGGCCCUCCGUGCCCUCGCCCGCGCCGGCAUGCGCAUCGGCCGCAUCGAGGACGUGACCCCGGUCCCGACCGACUCGACCCGCCGCAAGGGUGGUCGCCGCGGUCGUCGCCUCUAA